AUGCCACCAUUACCGUCCGAGGUAUGGAAACACUUCAGAAAAUCGGCAGACAAGAGCACUGCAUCUUGUCUGUUAUGCAGUGCAACAAUUCAACUGCAUGGCGGCACCUCAAAUCUGCGAAAUCAUAUAAAAUUUAAGCAUCCGUCCGUUGACAACAACAAGGCCAGUCCGGAUGUGGCAAAGCAACAGACGUUACACCAGGUUUUUGCCCCCCCCCGUCCUUCGUCGAGCGAGACGAUCAACCAGGCCUUUGCAAAUUUCGUGGUCCAGGCAUACGUGCCCAUGAAAAUCGUGGAACACGAGAGUUUUCGUCAUCUGAUGCAACUUCUGAAUCCGCAGUACGAGGUGCCUUCUCGAACAACCGUCAGGGCGCGCAUUGACCAGCAGUAUGAUGACGCAAAAAAGUCUCUGCUGUCCAGUCUUCAAGGAAGCACGUCUGUCGCUCUCACAACUGACUCCUGGACAUCCAAUGCCACAGAGGCAUACCUCACAGUAACCGCACACUACAUCAAAGAAGACUGGUCAAUGGAGUCGCGCAUACUUAUGACCCGCGCUAUGCCAGAGCGACACACCGGCGAAAACCUUGCUAUUCGCCUUAAGGACUGUGUGGAUGAGUUUGGUCUGAAGGGACGUGUUGUAGCAUGUGUUCACGACAAUGCCAGAAAUAUGGACUUAGCCGGCCGUCUGUGUCCGGACUGGCAGGACCUCCCUUGUUUCGCACACACCCUUCAGUUGUGGGUGAAGCCGGUCAUGGACAUUCCGUCAGAAGCAGACGUGAUGUCGAGAGCACGAAAGAUCGUCGGCCACUUCCGGCACUCCACAACCAUGACAGCAGAGCUGCGAUCGCGACGUGUUGUCAUGCAACUUCCUGACCAUGACCUAAUUCAGGAUGUUCCGACGCGCUGGAAUUCGUCGCAGAUGAUGUUGCAACGCCUUGUGGAGCAGCGUCGUGUUGUUACCGACAUCCUACUCAACCCACGCCUAACAGGGAAGCGUGACAGGGGUCUCCUGCUGACCGACGCUGAGUGGGAGAUUGCCGGAGACGUUGCGUCUGCGUUGCAAGAUCUCACAGAGGCAACAAAUAACAUGUGUUCCGACACGCAUGUCUCGUCAUCCGAGAUAUAUCCCGUUGUUUGUGGAUUGCUCAUUAACAGCCUGGGCUGCUCGAGUGACGAUAGUGCGUUGAUAAGUCGCGUGAAGGAGACACUCCGGGACUAG